AUGCAAUCUAAAGACGGUGUUUGGGAUUGUAAGAGUUGUGAGGGUGUUGGGAGAAUAUCUAUUAAAAUAAGAAGAAAUGAUCAGUCGCUUAGAAUUGGUUAUCCCAAUCAAAAUACAAGAAAUAAUGAAGUGAUUUUUGAGAAACCUUCAUUCGUCGAGGAUUCUAAGAAGAAUAAAAAAAGAAAAACUAAGAAUGGAAAAUCGAGAAAACUCUUGAAGAAGCAAAAGAAUGAUUACAACAAUGAUAACAUUGAUCAUCCAAUGGAAGAAGAGCGACCUGAGCUUCCAUUGUCUUUUAAAGAAAUUAUUGAACAUAUGGAAGGUACUGAUGUGAAGUUGGUGAUUCAAAAACAACUAACUAAGAGUGAUCUAACUCAAAAUAAUGGUCGUUUAUCCAUCCCAAAAGGUAGGGUUAUAGAGAGUUUUCUGACACCAACCGAGGAAUCAUGUUUGGAUUAUGAGCGUAAGAAAAAAGGAGAAAAAAAAUGUAAAAUUGCUAGUAUGGUUAUAUCUAUGUUGGAUCCCGAUCUUAAUCUUUGGGAGGAUAUGUGCUUAAAGAAGUGGAAAAUGAAUACAAUAGAAGUCUACAAUAUCACAGGUGGCUGGAACGAACUUGUUAAAGACAAUCAUUGGGAAAAAGACCAAAAGAUAAAAGUGCAACUUUGGUCUUUUAGAAGAAAUCUUAACCUCAACUUUGCAUUAGUCAAACUUUAG